GCAGGCCAAGUGAGACGAUCGCAGAAUGCCCAAACGAAAACGAGCCCCAUCACCAAAGUUCGAUCUACUAGAGGACGGCUUCGACGAUGACCUCAGCUCUAAUGACGACAAACCAGGCACCCCGAUCCAGCGUAAUGCGGCCAACGCGCGGGAACGGGCUCGGAUGCGCGUACUGUCGAAAGCGUUCUUCAACCUGAAGCGCAACAUACCGUGGGUUCCGGCGGACACCAAGCUCUCCAAGCUGGACACGCUGCGGUUGGCCAAGAACUACAUCAACUACCUGGCGGCCACACUCGACGGUCAGUCGGUGGAGGACUUUUCGUCCAAUUUGGCGCAACCCCCGAAGACGGCGUGGCCUUUCAUUUUUCAACAAGUCCAGCCACACGUCGAGCCGAGCAAAUCCGCGAAGAAUCCGUCAGCAUUCGCUGCACCAACAACGUCGCCAGCCGCGGGGCCAAAUGUCGGUCAAACCACGUGCUCGGCGGCCGAUCAAAAGUGGAAGGACUACCGUUUGAAGGAAGGCACUUGCCGUGGCCCAUCCAGCGGGCCUGAAGAUAUCGGGUCUCACAACGUCAAGUCACCGCACCACCCGCCACCGGCAGCUGCUAUGCACGGAUUCUCCGAAUCAACACCCAGCGGCGGCAUGGAAGGUGUCAACGAUUAUGGCGGGUACGGUGAGCCGAUGAUCAGCUCGUAUCAUCAGCAUCAGCAGCAUCACCAACAGUCCGGUUUGCAGCAGCAGGACCAUCAUCAUCAACUUCAUCAACAUUAUCAAGGAACCGUGCAAUCGCACACCGACGGUUGCCACCUCGGUGUCGGCAUUUCAGUUGCAACAUCUUACCAGCGGCACCACAUGACUUCGAUCGGCGGGGAUUAAUGCGGAACCGGGCGGGCAUCGUGUGAA